AUGGACAAAAUGAAGAGGAGUCAUGCUCUUGGGGAGGAGCUGGAGCUCUUGAUCAGCAAGCUCUGCAGCCCCAAGGAGUUGGCCAAGUACCAGAUGUUCACUGGUGCUUUGGAGGUGGUGGUGACACUCUGGCUGAAGCUCUCAGGACGCCUGGCUCGUGUGGAGCCCCUUCUGAGCAGCCUGGGGGAGAUGCCCCAGCGCAGAGCGGGUCGGUGUCUGCACAGCCCCGGCGUCUCGGCCUGUGUCAGGGUGCAGGGCAGCAGCAGACCCGAGGCCGUGCUGCUUCUCUUUGAUUCUGUUAGCUCGGAUGUCAAUUUAAAGAACAUGGAGAGUGAGACUCCAGCCCAGUGCACUGGCCUGAGCUCUGAGGUCUGGGUGGCCCUGGAGACAAAGAAGACUCUUGAAGAAACAUCUAAUGAGAGGCCUACCCAGACAGAGAAGGUGCUGAGCAGAGACAUCUCCCGGGGUUACGAGCGGGUCCCGAUUCCCUGUGUCAAUGCUGUGGACAGUGAGCCGUGUCCCAGCGACUUCAAAUACAUCGUGAAGAGCUGCUUCACCUCCGCAGUGGCCGUUGACAGCAACGUCACUCAUUUACAGCGCUGCGCGUGUGCGGACGACUGCUCCUCCAGCACCUGCCUGUGUGGGCAGCUCAGCGGGCGCUGCUGGUACCGGCAGGACGGCCGACUGCUGCCCGGAUUCAACCAGAGGAACCCCCCGUGUAUCGUCGAGUGCAACCCCAUGUGCUCGUGCUGGCGAACCUGCAGGAACCGCGUGGUGCAGAACGGGCCCCGUGUUCAGCUACAGCUGUUCCGCACACGAGAGAUGGGCUGGGGCGUGAGAACCAUGGAGGACAUUCCAGCAGGAACCUUUGUAUGCGAGUACGUUGGUGAGGUGAUCUCUGAUGCCGAGGCAGAGCUCCGUGAAGACACCUACCUGUUCGACCUGGACAAUGAGGCAGGAGACGUGUACUGCAUCGAUGCGCGUUUCUAUGGCAACAUCGGCCGCUUCAUCAACCAUCACUGCGAGCCCAACGUCUUCGCUGCCAGGGUCUUCACAUCCCAUCAGGACGUGCGCUUCCCCAGGCUGGUCUUCUUCAGCGCGAGGGACAUCAGAGCUGGAGAGCAGCUUGGCUUCGACUACAAGGAGGAUUUCUGGGCCGUCAAAGGCAAAUCCUUCAGCUGCAAAUGCGGCUCUGGCAGGUGCAAGUACACGAGCUGGGCGCUGGCCAAGCGCCAGGCGCGCGCCCUGUCCCGCAGCACGAAGCCAAAGGAGGCCCCUGUCAGCAGCUGGGCGGCAAAGGCUCCACGGCACAGGCACUGA